AAUUUCAUUAUAAAAGACGAUAGCUCAAGGCCCUUUCCCUCUUGUCUCGGAUUCUCCAAAAGAUCUGAUUACUUCCUCUCUCUUCCCAAAUUUGUUUAUUUCCACUCGACAUCAUCGUCAUGGCUGAUACCGUUGGUAAGACCAUCAAGUGCAAGGCCGCCGUCGCUUGGGAAGCCGGCAAGCCCCUGAGCAUCGAGGAGAUCGAAGUAGCGCCCCCGAAAGCCCACGAAGUUCGGAUAAAGGUCCUCUACACUGGCGUUUGUCACACAGAUGCCUACACGCUAUCGGGCAAGGACCCAGAAGGCGCGUUUCCCGUCGUCUUGGGACAUGAAGGGGCUGGCCUCGUCGAGUCUGUAGGCGAGGGCGUCACCAACGUGAAGCCUGGUGACCAUGUCGUCGCACUAUACACACCGGAAUGUAAGGAAUGCAAGUUCUGUAUAUCCGGCAAAACCAACCUUUGCGGGAAGAUUCGAGCUACCCAGGGCAGAGGUGUCUUGCCGGAUGGUACCUCUCGGUUCACUUGCAAAGGGAAAUCCCUCCUCCACUUCAUGGGAACCUCCACAUUCUCUCAGUACACUGUCGUAGCCGAUAUUUCCGUUGUCGCCGUCCAACAAGACGCCCCUAUGGACCGAACCUGCCUGCUAGGUUGUGGUAUUACUACCGGUUACGGUGCUGCGAGAAUUACUGCCAAGGCCGAGGAAGGCUCCAACAUCGCCGUUUUUGGCGCUGGCUGUGUUGGUCUUUCAGUCGUCCAGGGUGCUGUCGCGCAGAAGGCAGGCAAGAUUAUCGUCGUCGACGUAAACCCAGCCAAGGAGGAAUGGGCGAAGAAGUUCGGCGCCACCGAUUUCGUGAACCCCACCAAAUUAGAAGGACAGACGAUUCAAGAAAAGCUCAUUGAAAUGACCGACGGAGGCUGUGACUACACCUUCGAUUGCACCGGCAACGUUGGCGUCAUGCGAGCAGCUCUAGAGGCUUGCCAUAAGGGCUGGGGUCAGAGCAUUAUCAUCGGUGUUGCGGCUGCCGGUCAAGAAAUCUCUACUCGACCAGCAUUCCAAUUGGUCACCGGUCGUGUAUGGAAGGGUUGCGCUUUCGGUGGUGUCAAGGGUCGAUCACAACUACCCGGCCUCGUCACUGAUUACCUACAAGGUAAACUGAAGGUGGACGAAUUUAUCACUCACCGAGAAGGACUGGAUGACAUAAACAAGGCGUUCGAGUCGAUGAAGUCCGGAGACUGUAUCCGCUGCGUUGUGCAGAACUUCUAAAAAGGGGUAAUGAGUUAAGUGUCUCGUCCGUGAGGUUAACAGCGGACUUGUUUGUACAUGGGUUCCGGCGAGUCAAGAAAGUAAAAUACAAAUUGUAAUUCCAAUGGAUUCUCUCGCUCCUUUGAGCGACGCCCUACAUUAAUGUACCAUUAUAUUU